UCCCUAACUGCUUAUUGAAAUUUGAACCCCCUCUGGCCUCUACUUGGGUUUCCCCCUCUUUCUCUCUCCUUUUUUCCUCUCUGCCUCACUUCCGAUAGUUUCACUUUCUUCACCGAAAGCUUUGUACUUAGGAUUUUCAUACGCCUCAUCUCUUUAUCUUCCUCUCACUCAACAACAGUUGUCUUUCGCGCUCAUCUCACUCAACCGCCGUCCUGUUUCUCGUCCCUCUCACUCAAAAUCCAAUGUCUUUUGAAUCGUCUUCUUCAUAAAUUUACUCAUCCAUGUCCGCUGCCAAUGCUCCUAUUGUUAUGAAAGACGCUUUAACGAUAAGUUCCUCCUCAUUUUUCAAAUUUAUCGUUUCAUGUUCUUCGGAUUAUAUCAUUUGCAGUACUGCUUUGUUUGCAAAUUGGAGGUAUCGAGUUCAAGCCCUAGGAAAUUCUUGGUUUUUAUUAAGCUGGAUUUGGUGUUAGAUCUGCUCAAAUCUUAAUCGAGAAUGAGGUUUUGCUUUGAUUUCAACUAGUUUUUUUUGACUCGGUUAUCAUCUUAAUCCUUAGUUAGAUUGAUUUAGUUAGUCGUAGAUUUAUUCCGUAAUUCAGGAAAUUUAGAUGCAUUUUAGCGUUUUUGGCUGCAAGUUGUGUUUGGGUGAUUCGUUGGAGUAAUUUUGGAAGAUUAUGAGGAAUUGCAGCUUUUUUUAAGGUUCAACUAAAGUUGAGUCAAUGUAAUGUCUUCGAAUUUGCAGUCUUAAAGUGACUUGAUUCACUUGGUUGACUAUUUGUUCUGUAAAUGAGUCAAAUUAGGAGGUUUUAACCUCUUUUCUUAUUAAAUAAUUGAAAUUUGAAGUUUGAGGUGGAUGAAUUUACUUGUUCUGAUGUUUAAUCAUUGAUUUUGUAAAAUCAACAUAAUUAGCAGUUUCUUUUAGGUUGCAUUGACAGAGGCGGACCUAUGUAGGAUUCUGGUUGGCACAGGCUCCAAAAAAAGAAAAGUUCAAUAUUCUCUUGCAUCAAACAUGCAGCAAAUAUAGCCAAAAUAACUUCUCCGCAUCUUUAUUGAACAUAUUGAAGCUUGGUCUGGUGGUUAGUGUUAUUAUAAGGGUAAUGUUAUAUGUAGCCCUUAGGGCUAUGGAUAAGCAUUAAAUAUAUUUCUGAAAAUAGAAACAGUUUAAAAAUUUAAGACAAAAUUACACGUCAUUUGAGGUAAUAAAUGCUUGAUUCAACUUUUUAUUUCCAUUUUUAACUUCUUAUAUGUAGCCCUAAGGGCUAUAUAUAUCAUUUUCCUAUAGUAUAAUGAAAGCAAAUUUGUUUUUGUGCGCGGGGUCAAUUCCUCACCCGCCACUUUUCAUGUUUUUAUUUUCUUUUUGUUUCUAAGCUUUCCUUUCUUUUUCUUUUUGAUUUUAAAUGAAGCCUUUUGUUUCACUACAAAACUGAAUUCUAAUUCAUUUUCUUCUUUUUACUUGAUAUUUAUUGUCUUAAUUAGUUUCAUGUCCAACUCUUAGUUUUUAACAUCUAUUUAUUUAUAAUACAUUUUUAAAAACUGUUUGAUUUGUUUUCAAACAAAUACAACAAUUUGACUAUACUAUGCACUUUUUAUAUACUAAGUUUGGCCAAGUAAAAAAAAGUUUUAUGUAAUUUGUUGAUAUCUAUGUAUAUCUUUUAAGUAUAAACUAUUAUACCUUUUAGUAACGGUUAUUUCACAAGGUACCCCUGAGUUCUUGUAAAAUUCACGUGGUACCCACAAAAUUUUCAAAAUUCACGAGGUACACCUCAGUUUCCGUACAUUAACACCGCAUACCCUAUUUCCUAACAGACGUCAACUCUCCGUUACUGUGUUAUGACUUUUUUGCCCUUAUUGUAUUAAAUCCACUAUUCCGCCGACUGACCCCAUCGAAUAUCAAGCGACUGAAAAACAAAUCGACCCUUCAUCUUGUUCUCCUCCCCUGUUCUGCGCUAUCACCAUUGUCAACAGUACCCUAAAUUUCUUCCCAAAAUAUCUGCAACAUCGUGCAAUCAGCGUUAAAAUCUUAUCAUAUCAGCGUCGCAACAGUACAAUUUCGUCGUGCAGUUGAAGCGUUUUUCGAUCAUAUCAGCGUCGCAAGACUCGCAACAGUACAAUUUCAGCGUCGCAACAGUACAAUUUCGAUCAGCGUCGCAACAGUUAAUUAAAGAAGGAUGUUCUCAUUCUGGCUGUUGGUGCAUAGUAAGGGUGGGGACUUUGAUGUAUGGGUGGAGGAUAUUGACUUGUGUCAUGUGAUGGGUUUAUAUGAGAUGAUGUUUGAGGACUCUGUAAAACAGAAUGUGUUUCUCCCCAAAUAUUUCAUUUUGACUGUCAAUAAACCUACGACGAAUAGGAGGAUGGAGUUGGAUGAUGAUUAUGCUAUGUUGAAAAUGUGGGAAUGGAAUCAGGGCAAGGAAACUAUAGAGGUGUGGCUUGAGGAAGUUGAAAAGCCAUGGACUGUAUUCUGUUCUGCUAAGGCUAGUUGGGAGAAGUUGGAUGAAUGUUUCCCUGGUAAUUCCCAACCCCAAACAUCACAGUGUGACACCCAACCCACCCCUCCUGGAAACCAACAUGUCAAUCCACCUCCACCACAGCCCACUCCACCUCUAGAACAACCCAAUCCACCUCCACCACAAUCCACUCCACCCCCAGCACAACCUAAUCCACCACAUCCACCAAAAAAAUCAACUAGAGAGAAGCCAAAAGAGUGGAGAGUUCCUAAGACUACAGCCUUGAGACAUGGGACUUUUAUUAAGGGACAGACAGGAGGUACUGGUGGAGGUAAGAGGGUCAGAAGGCAAUAGGCAGAAGUGAGGGAAGUUGAUGAUGAUGAUUUGACAGGGGAUGACAGUGAUGAUUCGAAUUAUGUGUUCUCUGAUUUGGAUGAUGAUGAUGAUGACAACGUUGAUGAUGUUGACUUGGUUGAUGAGGAUGACUUGGUAGUUUCUGAUGAGAUUCAUGAAAAAAGGUUUGAAGAUUACUUAGAUGGGAGUCAUAAUUUGGAUAAGAUGUACUUGAAUGGCAAAAUUUGGAGCAACUUACCAUUUGGGUCUAUUGCACUUGAAGAGUGGUUAAUUUUUGAAAGCAAGACUGAGUUUCUACAAGUAUUUAGGGAUUUUUGCAUUCAAGAAGGCUUUGCUGUCACUGUUGAAAGAGCUGACAGUGCAAGGUACACAGCAUAUUGUCUGGUGCAGUCAUGCAGCUGGAGGAUCCAUGCUACUGGGUUGAAAGAUAAUGUAAGCUGGGCAAUCAAGAGUAUAACUGGGAAGCAUAACACUUGUGGCAGACUUGAAGAAAAUCCAAUGGUGUCUUAUGAGUGGUUGUGCAGACACCUUUUGCAAGACCUUGAGGCAAAUCCAGAGAUACCUGUAGAUGCGUUACAGAAGCUGUGUAUGGAGAGGUACAGGCUCAAUGUGACAAUAAGGUUGUUGUACAAGGUCAGAAGCAUAGCAAGGGAACAGAUUUAUGGUUCUUUUGCUGAGUCAUAUGCCUUAUUGCCAAGGUAUGCUGAGAUGAUUAAGGCAACUAAUCCUGGCUCUUAUGCACUAGUUACAUGGACAGGACACAACACAAACCAAGAUCAUCAAUUCACAUCAUGUUUUUUUUCUUUUGCUGCUUCUGUGAAAGGGUUUUUAGGUGGAUGUAGACCAAUCAUAGGGAUAGAUGGUGCAAAUUUAUCUAGUUAUUACAAAGGUGUGAUGCUCACUGCUGUUGCCAUUGAUGGUAACAAUGAAAUAUUUGUUGUUGCAUUUGGUGUUGUAGCCUCUGAGAGCAUAGAUAGCUGGACAUAUUUUUUCAGAAACUUAAGGUUGUUGUUUGAAAAAGAGGGAUGUCAGAAGGAUGAUUGGACAUUCAUAAGUGACAGAAUGAGGGGAGUUGAAUCAGCACUUUCUGAGGUCUUUCCAAGGGCCACAAGGAGGAUUUGCUGCCAGCAUUUGUACUCCAACUGCAAGAAUGCAGGUUGGAGUGGAUCAGCUUUUCACAAGCUGUUCUGGAUUGCUGCAGAUGCAUAUAAUGAGUAUGUUUUUGAGAAGGCAAUGUCAAAGAUUAAAAAACAUGAUGCAGCAGCUGAAGAAUACCUAAGAAAUGUUGGUGAGCAAUGGUCUAGGCACUCCUUUGAUAACAAAGUUUGUUGUGACCACAACACAACAAACUUUGUUGAGUCUUUCAAUGCUUGCACAAAAGACAACAGGGACUUGCCUGUUCUCACACUAUUAGAAGCUGUUAGGACAUGGAUAAUGAAAAGAAUGGGAUCAAGGUUUGAUAUGGCGGUUGAUAUGGACCCCAAUGCCCUUACUGAAUAUGCAGAGAACAUUUUGAAGACAAGAAGUGAUGAUUCAAGGUUCUGCCAUGUCACUGUAUGUGGAGGGGGGUGAG